ACAAACUAAGCAGCUGAAACAGGCCAGCGAUCAUUCCUGCUACCGCACGACAGGGGCGUGGGGGGCUCCCAUCUGUAUUUCAUCCUGAAGAAUCUCCUGACGCGGAGAGGGCUCUGUGGUUACUGUUACUAUAUGAUGACCCGCAGUCAAAGAAUGUUGCAGGAAUUUGACAUAGCACCCUUAUUCGCUCUCAUCGACAAGUGCGCGCCAGUCAGCUAGAGAGCUGUGUCGAUACUUGCGGAGGGGUGGGAAGAGUCACCUGGGGCGAGAGGACUGGCUAGCGGGGUGGUGGCGGGCAGUGCUUGAAUGAUUGCAGGGAGGAUUGUAGGUUACUAGGUGCUGAGAGAUGGUGUACGUGCUCUUGGAAAAGAAAGCGGCGGGUAGAUUGAGUGGAACCGAGCGCUGAGACAAGUGAGCUGUGGGUGCCGAUGCGAAGGGUACUGGAUUGUGCUUGUAAGACUUGGGGCGCAGUGAGGGGUGUCGAUAGUGUGCAGACAGCUGUUCCAUUGUUCGUCUGUAUUCGGGAUGAAAGUUCUUCUACACAGGGAGAUUCCCGCGGGAAUUGGGCGAGCUAGGCCGGACCACUGUAAUCCUGGUUACCUCAGGUUUUGAUUUUGAGACUGGUGGGUUGAGUCAGAAUUCAGGAGCACAGGUACUUUAUCAUACGGUGUGGGUACGCAUGUUUUCCUCGGGUUGGUGACCCUGCGAUGGGAGUGCGAGGAGAACGGAAGCAGGCAGAUGUUUUGAUCACCUGAGACGGCAGGUUUUUAAAACUGCAGAUGAGGAUUAUGGACUUCUUUGACUCUUUUCGGAACCUUGACGUGUGCCGAAGGGACAAUACUGAAAAGCUGUUCCAGUGAGGUGGGUUUGAAUUGUAGAGAGUUAGGUAUCUCAAGAUGAAUUGUAAAGACGGCCUUGUGCCCGGCGGGCUCGGGCAAAGGGCAGUGUUUGUGUGCAACCAUGAGGCGAAGAACAUCUACACCAAUUCUGCCUAUCAGAUUAUGACAGGGGUGGAUUCCGCGGAGGAAUUGCUUGGUCUGGGAUGGAUAUCUUUUGUUCAUCCCGAUGAUUUGCCCGCUGUGUGGGCUCUUGCAUUCGGGCACUUCUCCUCCCCCGCCGAUGGCAAUCGUCAAAUUCAAUGUGAGUACCGUCUGACGCACAAGUAUAAGAAGAAUUCUUUCAUAUGGGUGAACGUACAAACUGUGGAUAUGUCCGGCUGCCCUGGACUUGGCAGUUUCGUGGGGAUAUUGGAGGAUAUUUCUUGGAAGAAAGAGGCGGAAGAGUCUCUCCGGCGCAGCGAGGAGCGGUACGUGCUCGCGGUGCGGGGCUCCAAUGACGGGCUAUGGGACUGGGACAUGGUAGCCAACCAGGUGUUUUAUUCGCAGCGAUACAAGCAAAUGUUGGGGCUCGGAGCUACGGAUGUGGAUGUCUCCUUUGGGGUUUUCGAAUGUCGAUUGCACCCUAAACACCGCGAUUCUGUAUUGGCGACCAUGAAGGAUUACCUGGAAACUAGAAGUGCUGAAUCGCCGCCCUUCGACGUGGAGACUCUCCUGCAGACAGGAGACGGUAGCUACAGCUGGUUUCGUGUCCGUGGUCAGGCUCUUUGGAACAAAGAAGGAGUACCUGUCAGAAUGGCAGGGUCUAUCACUGAUAUCACGGAGAGGAGAAAUUGGGAAGAGGAGCAGGCUCGACUCAUUGCGAAUCUCGCUAUUGCCCGUGACAAAGCAGAAAAAGCUGCUAAAGCAAGAUCCGAGUUUCUCGCUGUUAUGAGCCACGAGAUUAGAACCCCGUUGAAUGGAGUUAUUGGCAUGGCUUCAGUUCUCCUAGAUACAGCUCCUACUCCGGAGCAGCAGGAAUGCCUUGAAACGAUAAGAACAUCCGGAGAGUGUCUCUUGUCGAUUAUCAACGAUAUUUUGGACUUUUCCAAGAUCGACGCCGGGAAAUUGACCAUUAGUCCAGUGCGAUGCAACUUGCGCAAUGUGGUGGAAGACGUGGGAAGUAUGCUCGCCCUCCGGGUUGAACCUAAGGGAGUGGAGAUGGUGGUUCGAUAUCGUCCUGCCUUGUCCGCUGUCUUUGUAGACGCUGUUCGGCUUCGACAGGUUCUCAUAAAUCUAGUAGGAAACGCAUGCAAGUUUACCCACAUGGGCUAUAUCGUUGUUGAUGUAUCCCUCGUAUGCGAGAAGUGUCAGCAGGGGCUAAACACGGGAGACAUCAAUUGCUCUCACUGCGGCGCGGCUCCUUCCGACAUGAAUGGUGUGCAUUACCCCGUUACGAACCCGGUGGGUGAAGCAGCUUGUGCGCUGGAUGCGACGUUGCAGAACGGACGCUGGGAUCCUAAUGACCCCGAGUCGAUUUUUAUUCACAACCCAGACAACGAACAGCGAAGAAACCGCGCCGUGGAAAAUAUUCGAGCUCACAUGACCCUCUGUGAAUCGUACAAAGGCCUCAGCAUUGACAGGGUCAGCAGGACGGACAUUUUUGCGGAUGGCAUUGGUAUGGAAGUUAAGUCGGAUCCUAUCUCAAAAGACUCCCAAGUGAAGCCACCCGCCUUUGCAAGUCACAACAAGAGGAAGAGACUUUACGGGCGCAUAGAUGAUGGGAAUGACCAGUGUAGCAGUGUUGAGGCAGCCGUGUUGUGCUCCCAUAAUCCUUGUUCUUGCAAUAGUUUUUCGGACAGGAGAUCUAUUGAAGUGAGUUCUUGUUCAACGGGAGGAGCCACGAGCACUCUUUGUGACUCAUAUUCUGAUGUCGAAGAGGACUCCGCAAACGCUAACAGGCCCCGAACUGUUCGCUGGUUUAGGUUCUCGGUGAUUGAUACAGGCAUUGGUAUUGCGGCGACCAAACUGGAUAUGCUUUUUGAGAAGUUCACCCAAUGCAGCACUUCAACGACGAGUACAUAUGGCGGCACGGGUCUUGGCUUGGCCGUUUCGAAAAGACUUGUUGAGCUCAUGGGGGGCACUAUUGGUGUCGAAAGCGAGGAAGGGAAAGGUUCGAAGUUUACCUUUACCUUACCUUUAGAGCUGGACCCCUUAUCAGAGCAAGGAGACAAACCUCCCUCUGUCUCCAACAUCUUGGAGGAUGCUGUCGAGGACAACGAGAUAGCCAAGCAAAGGAAGCGUGUUCUGGUGGUCGAUCGUCAUGAAAUGACCAAGGAAGCACUCUGCGAUCAGAUACGCGCUUGGGGGUUGGAUGCUAUGGCUUGCAAUAAUGUCGGCGAGGCCAUUGCAGCUCUGAAAGAGACUUACUCUUUGCGUUCGCCUUUCCAGGUUGCUAUUGUAGAGCGGUCGGUUGUGGAGCCUUUUGGACACGAGAUGAGAAAAGCUGCUUCAUCAGACACACCCGAAAUCAAAUCACUGGCAGUCGUCAUGCUGGGUCGGGUAGGGCAGAGUCUUCCGUCUCAAGGAGUCUUGGCCGAACUUGGGUGUUGUGCUUGCUUCAGUCGACCUCCUCGACAAGCCUACCUAAGAGAUGCCUUGUCAGUGGCUUUAUCUGGGGGCGCCAAAUGUAUCCGAAUGAAGCCUGAUUUCACUCUUGACAUGAUGCGAUCUGCGCCUCUGGGCUUGAGACAACACUCAUCAAUUCAAUCAAGCGGGUUUCUGCACGCAGCUAGUUCGAGGAGCAAGAAAAGCAUGGAGCAGCAGUUAGACGCUAUCGCAGUGGGUAGCCCUCCUUCAGUUUCUUCCUCCAUGUUGGAUGCUCAACCGAUUGCUCGGAAAACUAGUAUUCUCAUUGUGGAGGACAAUAAAGUGAACCAAAUGGUUGCUCAGCGACUGCUCAACAAUUUGGGGUGCACAGUGGAUGUAGCAUGCAAUGGUGUCGAGGCCAUUAGUUUGCUGGAGCGCUCGGAUGACUACGACAUAAUUUUCAUGGACUGUCAUAUGCCUAUUAUGGAUGGGUUUGAGACUGCGCGACUCGUGCGACAGAAGGAUUGUAUAUCUAACGCCAUCCCUAUAGUGGCACUUACGGCGGCCACAUCCGAAGGAGAGGUGGAGAAGUGCAUAGCUGCUGGAAUGGACGACUAUAUCAGCAAACCUGUGACCAAAGGAAUCCUGCAAAGAUCAUUAGAGAAGUGGGUUGGAAAGGAGUCCAGAUGGGUGCAAUAGUCCGAGUUUUGUUCACUCUAUAGCCAUUAAUUGGUUCAUCAAGGACGGAGGAGUGAAGACAAUACAAGAUCAUCGCCCAUACACGGUGUCUCGCACUGGAAGUUUGUCUCGAGCAGCAGCUCAUUCCGACUCGGCAACACAACUCUCAACUCUCUCUCGUUUCUCUUCUCGUGAGCUCCUCUCUCCGCGUUCCUGCUCAAGCUCUCUGUACAUACAAGUCAAUUCGGAGAGUUUUGUAUAUUUACGUAGGAUUAGCGAGUUGGAGAGAUAGAUUCUUUUGCACAUUGGAUAUGAAUGUGCUCUUCCGCAUGGAAGUUGAGGGAAAUGGAGAUUGUUUAAUAUGCUGGUGGGGCGGUGGUGUUCUGAAUAUGAUUUCUUGCUACUCUACCUCCACUCCCUCUCUCUACAGAUUGGCAGGAUCAGUUUCAGGGUGAAGAGUUUGGGCUUCAUUGAUUUGGCUCAAACCACUCUCAGAUUACAACUAUCAUUUUUAAGUUACUCGUUUGGAAUAAUCUUGAGUAACUCCGAAAGCCUGUUUGCCAAACCAGCGACUGAUUCCAUGCAUUGUGAACAAAGAAUACACUGCA